AUGCCAACUCAAGAAUAUUUCGAUCGGAUUCCUCCGUUCCCUUCAAAGCUUCCCGUGCUUCCACUGUCAAAGAUCUCUCUCGAAGGGUUGAAGAACAACACGACGGAAGAAGUAGAAGAAUUAUUCGAAGCGUGCCAAAAAUGGGGAUUCUUUCUGUUGGACUUGAGGGGGUCAGAUGAGGGGGCUACUCUGCUCCAGGACGCCGAAGGAAUGUUUGACUUGACUACACAGCUCUCUACACUGGGACAAGAGACUCUGAAGUCUUAUACCUACAAGCCCCCAGACUUUAUGAGAUAUAAAGGGAUUGGAAGCAUAAAGACGGACAAUGGCGAAGCCGACCAUAUCCACGCCUACUCGCUAAGCCAAGAUGAAGUGCUAGGAAACCCCAAUCGCUCAAGCCUCCACCCUGAAGUGAUCAACACCAGCAAAGAGCAGCUCCGGAAGUUCAUCGAACACGCCCAUGCUGGAUUAGAUGAAGUCUUGGCCAAGUUGGACAUUUGCUUGGGCAUCGAACCCAAGACACUCGAAGCACUGAGUCCGUUGGACAAGGAAUCUGAGAGCCUUGUCCGCCUGCUCUGGAGCCCAGCCCAAGCCAAUCCCGAUUAUGACCGCAUAUCCUUUGGCGGCCACACUGACAUGGGAACAAUGACGCUCUUAUUCAAUAUCGCAGGCGGACUCCAAGUUCUCCCCGCGAGUUGUGAGAAUGUCCAAGAAAACUGGCAAUACAUCAAACCGGAGCCCGGGUGUGCUGUUGUGAAUGUUGGCGACACAUUGGUAGAGUGGACAGGAGGCCUCUUGCGCAGCUCUCUGCACCGGGUGGUGACAGCUCCAGGGGACCAAGCGAUGGUGCAACGGGAAAGUGUGGCCUAUCUGGUACGUCCCAAGCGAACUGCAUCUCUUCAGCGCCUUAAGGGAGGGAUUAUCCCGCCCUUGUUGCCGGGAGAAGAGUAUGAAACGCGCUCGGUAGAUGAGUGGAACGAAUGGAGAUCUCGGCAAAUUGCAUUGGGACAGUUGAAGCCCGAGACCCGAGGCGGACGCAACAUGUAA